AUUUCUCAAAUCACCGGCGAACCCUGACUUGCUCUACAUUAUCUUCUUUCUGCACAAUCAGCUGACGAUCACAGUUCUUCUAGUUCUGAUCUUCGGCAGCAAGGUCUACAUGGUGAUGAAGGGCCAGGGCCGCUCGGAAGGUGCCAACUCGUCGGCCCUAAAGCCGUCAUCGGCCAAGUUUCUGGGCGGCAGCAAAAACUCAGAGCCAGUUGGGUCGAAUCCGGCGCCGACCAUCGGCGGCUCCAUGGGCUCGCUGGACCUCUUCAAGCUGUCCGACGUCAACAUACAGAACGAGCUGGACAAGGUGACGCGCUACCUGGAGCUGCUCGUGUCGCGGGGCAGGCCACUCGGUGACGAUACCUGGCACGCCCAGCUGGAGGCCAUGCUGGCGGCCGCGCGCGGCGAGAGCGCCCACCGCGCCGUCGACCGGGCCAUGCAGGACGGCAUGGGCAUCGCGCCGUCGCCCAAGGUGGACUCGAUGUUGGCCCAGGUCACCGGUCAGCUGGUGACAACCGUGAUCCGGGAACACACUGCGCCGACCGGCGAGGCUCGGCUCGAGACCCCGCCGCCGUCGGUAGCCCCGUCGGCGCCGCCGGCUGAGGUCGGGCCCUCGGUGGUGCUCGGGUUCGAGGGAGUGGUGGUGGACGGUGGACGGGCGCCGCAGCAGGGUGCGGCCCAGCGCCAGGAAGUGGCGGUGGACGCGACUCCGUACGUGGUGAUGGCCGAGGCGCAGGUGCAGACGUGUGCGGCCGGGCGCGGCCAGAAGCGCCACUCGGCCACGCAGACGAUCCGCACCAUGGCGGCUCCGCUGGCGUCUGUGCCGACCGAGACCGACAUCAGCUCCUCCGGGUCAUCACGGCGCCCCUCCAGCUCCGGCUCCGACUCCAGCCGCUCCUCCGGCUCCGGCUCCGGCUCCGGCUGCAACCCAGCCGACUCGGCCUCCGAGGACUCCGGCAGCACGUGCGAGUGCGCGCGGUGCGGAGCGAAGGGAGUGCCACCGCCCGCGGCGACACCGCCAGAGGCCGGCUCGGCGCGUCUUCCCGUGCCCAGGAAGAGGAACGCGAGGCACCGGCGGCGGCCGCGGUCGCUGCAGGCCAUCCGGCUGAGCGAUCGCUCUCGGUUUACCGAGGCAGUGACAGUGUGAGUGGUGACUGCCGCGGGACGGUGUCAGUGUCAGUGUCAGACUGUCAGACAGUGACACGGUACAGUGACCGUGUCAGACGGUGCUAGAAGCAGCGGUGAGCUGUGGUAUGUCCGAAGACGCGAUAUGUGUAAGAACAGGUGAGAACAGUGGUGAACAGAGGUGGUGGCGACUAGCAGAGACGUUCGUCGGUCGUACUGCAUGGCGGGAUGGCCUGGACAGUGAGGUAUGAAUUCUGGUGGGACCUGUGUGUGGCAAUGAAUAUUGAUGGGAUUACAUUGCGCUGUGUUGGGUCGGCUCCUUGGUUACCGAGCAAAACUAUUAGUGGGUUCAUUCAGUCCAGAAAUCGAUGUUUUGCUCAUUGAUGUGCAUAAUGUUUUGAAAGUCUCUUCUUCAAAACGUGAUGUGCUUGAUAUGUGCAUUGUUUUUGUCGUUUCAAAAAGUACUAGUAUUUCACUUUUGAACUGUUCGCUGUAGUUUCCCUGUUGAAUGUUAGAUAUUGAUUUUAGCUCCCAGGCAAUAAAUAAAAAGGUUUAUAAAAGAAUUAAAUCUAUUCGUGAUCAAUAUUAACUUCAUCUCGCGUUGAUUUUCAUUCAUUGAGUUAAUCUCCAAUAUUUAGGUAUAAUCCGUUGGGAGGGAGCCAAAGUCAUUAUUAAACCCCGCGUUGCGGAUGAACGUUAAUUAGAUACUUAAAUUAGGCCAGGAGGAGACUGUAAUAAUCGACUCUGGCGAGCGUUUUAUAUGGGGUGACGGAUUCGCAGUGUCGCUCGAGUAGGUAACGGUGUUGGUUUGAGUGUAAGGAUGCAGCCGAGUCUGGCAUUUGUCGUGUCCGGUCCGGACCGCGCUGAUCUCGGACCGCCGCUGGUCCCGGACCGCGCUGGUCCCGGACCGCGCUGGUCCCGGACCGCUGCGGUCCCUCGUUGUCCGCUGUCGGUCAGUGAGCGACCGGCCGGUAUGUGGUCGGUCAUUCACAUCCGGCGCUCAAUGUCUCGCUGUGUCAGACAUGUGCCAUAAUGCCAAACGUAUCUGCAUUGCCGUUGUCUCCAGCUGUUAAUGCAAUGAAGAGAACAGCUCUUUCUGUGACUUGUAGUUUGUGUCGUUAUUUUUGGGUAUCUGAAAAGCGAUGCGUACUCUGGU